AUGGACAAGACCGAGGCAGCCUACUGCAUCGCCGUCGCCAUUUCGUCGUUCGACGGCUACGUGAGCGACGUCAUACUCGCCGAGUUCGCUGGGGUCGACGCGAAAGUGAUGAAGCGGUAUAAGGCGGACUGGGAGGUGGCGCGCUUGAUUCCGUGCGGCAUGUGGAUGCUCAUGUGGAGCCGUGGCGCAAACGUCUUCCGCGACAGGUUCCAAGAGGUCGUCAACGAGUACAACAGGCUGACCGGCGUUGACCGCGCAGCUCUCAUGGCGGCUCUUGGUCCGGCGCUGUGGUUCCGCGACCUUCCGGAGUCGACCGACCCCGAGAAGGCGGCCAAGAACAAGAUGGCGAGCGACAUGAUCACGUGCGCUGCGACGAGUGCCACCUACGCACCUGUGGUCGCGAAAGUCUCACCCAUUUCGGGCGUCACGUCGGAGCGUUUGUCGGCCAUCCUCGCCGGGACUGCGUGCGCGGUGUGGUGCUUUUCGGAGACCAAUGCCACGCCGAAACAAGCGGUCGGUGAAGGGGGGGCGGCAGCCACUGUGCGCGGAGCGUCCCCUGCGUUCGCGAGUCGAUGUACGAGCAUCAUCUUGGCGGUGCUUCGGCGGGCGUCCUCCUGGGACGUCGCCGUCGGGGAGGUCGCCGAAACCGUGACGAAGGCCCUGCACGCUGAUGUGGUGAGGUCGUUGCCUGAGGAGGGAGAGGAGUGCGAGCACGACGAGCUGAUCGCUUGUGUCAUAAUAAAGAACCUCGCCUUCUGGGGGGACUGCUUUGUCGGGGGCCCGAAGCUCAAAGCUCGCGGCGUCGACUUUCCAAUCGACCCCAAGAUGAAGAUUAUCAUUCGGGACAGGGGGGCGAGGGGCCAGCACAAAGGGAAGCAGAUGGUGGACGCAUAG